AUGCCUCGUGCUGUCCGCGGCGUGCUCAUCGAAUGCGACCCGUCUGUCAAAGCCAUUAUUCUCAAAUACGACGAAGAGCGACACGAUUAUAUUGUCGAAGAUCUAGACGACGAUCGUCAUCUGGUUAUCAAGGAGAGUCAGUUGCAGAAUCUGAAGAUCAGGCUUGGAAAGGAGCUUGACGAGAAAGUCAUGCAACCUGAAGAGUCCGAGUCGGAAUAG